AUGUUAUCCAAACAAUUAAGAGGAUUAUCUAUUCUUAGGAAUUAUCGUGCUAGAUGUUCGCUUAUUAAUGGUGUCCGUCAAAUUUCUAGCGGAAAUUCACCAUUAUCAGCUACCACUUCGGAUGCAAGCGGAGUCCAUACCGCAACUAUUGUUGAACCACCUGUUGCAGCUCCACCCUCUGGAUCAACGAUUACUUUAAAGAGUGCUGGUAGAGAUGACUCUAAAUUCGGUACCAGACCCAUCUACUUGGAUGUUCAGGCCACUACCCCCACUGACCCAAGAGUUCUUGACAAAAUGUUAGAAUUUUAUACUGGAUUGUAUGGUAAUCCGCAUUCCUCUACGCAUUCUUAUGGGUGGGAAACGGAAAAGGAAGUCGAAAAGGCACGUAAGUAUGUUGCUGAUGUUAUUAAAGCUGAUCCAAAAGAAAUUAUAUUCACUUCAGGUGCUACAGAAUCUAAUAAUAUGGCAGUCAAGGGUGUCCCACGUUUUUAUAAAAAUACUAAGAAGCAUAUUAUCACGACCCAGACCGAACACAAGUGUGUUUUGGAUUCUGCAAGACAUAUGCAAGACGAAGGAUUUGAAGUCACAUACUUACCUGUCAAUGAAGAAGGUUUAAUUAGCUUAGAUGAUUUGCGCAAAAGUAUCCGUAAAGAUACUUCAUUAGUGUCUAUUAUGGCUGUUAACAAUGAAAUUGGUGUUGUUCAACCUUUGAAGGAAAUUGGUAAGAUUUGUAGAGAAAACAAAAUUUUCUUCCACACGGAUGCAGCCCAAGCUUACGGUAAAAUUGACAUUGAUGUUAACGAAAUGAACAUUGAUUUAAUGUCAAUAUCUUCUCACAAGAUUUACGGACCUAAAGGUAUUGGUGCGUGUUACGUUAGAAGACGUCCAAGAGUGAGAUUAGACCCAAUCAUUACCGGUGGUGGACAAGAAAGAGGUUUAAGAUCUGGUACAUUAGCUCCACCAUUAGUCGCUGGUUUCGGUGAAGCCUCUAGACUUAUGAAGGAAGAAAUGAAAUAUGAUCAAGCAUAUAUUCAUAGACUUUCGGAGAAAUUGAAGGCCGGUUUAUUAGCUAUCCCUUCAACUCAGUUUAAUGGAUGUUUGUCCGACCCUGAUUCCCAAUACCCCGGUUGUGUUAAUGUCUCAUUUGCCUACAUUGAGGGUGAAUCUUUGUUGAUGGCAUUAAAGGACAUUGCUUUAUCUUCAGGUUCAGCUUGUACCUCUGCAUCAUUGGAACCAUCUUAUGUCUUACAUGCUUUGGGUGCUGAUGAUGCAUUGGCGCAUUCUUCUAUUAGAUUCGGCAUUGGUAGAUUUACAACAGAAGAGGAAGUCGACUACGUUAUCAAGGCUAUUACUGAAAGGGUGGAAUUUUUAAGAAAAAUGUCUCCAUUAUGGGAAAUGGUUCAAGAAGGAAUCGAUUUGGAUUCUAUUGAAUGGAGUGGUCAUUGA